UAGCAAGAAACGAUUCACCACACUGAUCGACGGGUUGAUUCUCUUAUUCUACCACCGGAUCCUUACGCUCGCGAAAAUCUCCGAUCGCCGGCGUUCUGGUCUUCCCGGUUCUGUCGUAACUUUUGAAACCGAAUUAGUAGCAAAGCGCCGGAGAAAAUGUCACAAGGAUGGUUUUCGAUAGGCGGAGGAAGUAGCAGCGGAGAUCAGCAGGGGGAGCAGCAGAAACCGGGGGGUUCGUCUCUGCUGGCGGAUUGGAACUCGUACGCAGCGGCGAGAGAUGUGGAGGAAGGUGGCGGUAGCGGAAGCUUUGGGUUCGACAUCGAAUCCGCCGUUAGAUCUGCCAACGACACUGUUUCUGGCACCUUCAGUGUUGUUUCGAAGGGAGUUCGAGAUAUUCCGGGGAACUUGUCGUCAGCAACCAGCAGUAUGCCAUCAGGGAAAGCCCUCAUGUAUUUCGGUUUGCUUCUCGCCAGUGGUGUCUUCUUCAUCUUCAUUGCCUUCACUAUGUUUCUUCCAGUCAUGGUGCUCAUGCCUCAGAAAUUUGCCAUCUGUUUCACCCUUGGAUGUGGAUUUAUCAUCGGAUCAUUCUUCGCACUUCGUGGCCCACAAAACCAGCUCGCACACAUGUCAUCCAUGGAGAGGCUUCCUUUAACCAUAGGUUUCAUUGCCACCAUGAUUGGUACUAUAUACGUCUCCAUGGUUCUUCACAGCUACAUUCUCUCUGUCGUCUUCUCUGUCUUGCAGGUUCUUGCGUUGGUGUACUACUGUAUAUCCUACUUCCCUGGAGGAUCAUCCGGCAUGAGGUUCCUAAGUUCUGCUCUCACUUCAUCUGUUCUAAGAGUUUUUGGGAGAUGAGCUUUUCGCGGGAGAAAGAACAAAACUUUACUUCUAUCUGGUGUAUAGAGUUUUUUUUUCGAAAAGACAAUAUGAUCCUUAAAGAGAUGUUAAAAGGAAGAAACCAACUGAUGCUAUCACUCUUUUUUUUUUUUUUACUAUGCUGUUGAUUACUGGUGGGCAUAUAUAUAAUGUUUUGUUUGUUGUU